UUUUCGUGCACGUGUGCAUGCGGUUGAAUACUUCGUAUGCUGAGCGGUGUGCUGAGUUAUCAGUAAAUCUAUUACAGCUAACAUCGGAGCGUGGUAACGUUUGUCCUGGACUAUUUGUAUGCAAGCUUAGAACACGCACAUUUCCGAGUGAUACUUUGUCAUCUCGUAAGACAAACCAUGAAUGCACACAAGGCAGAGAAAACUGUAAAGUUACGUUCUAGAGGGCAAAAGAAGGGCAUUCAAAUAUUUGGAAAAUGGCAACCAGUCUCAGUGGAUAGAAGCCUGUUAGCUGAUGAGACGCUGGAUGAAAUGAUAUGUUUUGAGGAGCUCACAGAUUAUAAACUUGUGAAAUCUUCUAAAGAGUUAUCAACAACAGAAUUGAUAAGAAAAAACAACGCAACUGAUGGAGAACAUGAACAUUUUCUGAAGGCAAAAAAAAGAAAGAAAUGUAGAACGAGGUUCGAAUCUGAUAGGGCAAAUGAACAAGCUGAAGAGGAGUGUGAAGAUAUCAUUUUUGAUGAUAAUGAUGUGAUGGAUAUGGAUGAAAGCCAAAUCAACAAAAUUGAGUGUGUAAAGGCAAACCUGCAGCCAAAAAACAAAAAAAGGAAACGAAAGUCAAAGAAAAAAAUUGUCAGACCUUCAGAAGACCCUUCAUCUUCAAAGAAGCUAAAGAAUUGGGCUGCAGGUGAUACAUCUUGCAAAAAUGUGGACGUGUCGGCAUGGAAAAAUCUGUGUGUUCCAAAAGUAGUACUGAAAGCGUUGAGCUUUUUAGGAUUUUCCGCUCCAACCCCAAUUCAAGCUCUCGUUCUGCCUCCAGCAAUCCGAGACAAAAUGGAUAUUUUGGGUGCUGCUGAAACAGGAAGUGGUAAAACUCUUGCCUUUGCUAUUCCUAUGAUUCAUUCUAUACUGGAAUGGCAAAGAAACAAAAAGGGUUUUGAAGAAGAAAAUAAUUCUGAUGAUGGGAAUGUGCAAAAGGAUGCAGAGAAUACACACAUGGAUGAAACCUACUCUAUAAAUGAGGCAGAAAAUAAUAGUAUUGUUCAGUUAGAAGACAUAGAUGAUACAGUUCACGAGGAAGAAUAUAUUGACAGUGAUGCCAGUGCUGACGGGGAAGAUAAUGAGUCUAUUUCUGUGGGAUGUGUUAAAGUUGUGAAGGAUGUGGAUAUUAAAUUCAACUUGUCUCCAACUAACUCUCAGAAAUGCGAUAGAAACAGACCGUUGCUUGGACUUGUUGUGAUUCCAACUAGAGAGCUGGCCGUCCAGGUUAAACAUCACAUCGACGCAGUGGCUCAAUUUACAGGUAUAAAAACUGCAAUUGUAGUUGGUGGAAUGGCUUUACAGAAGCAAGAGCGGGUGUUGAAUCAAAGGCCAGAGAUUGUGAUUGCAACACCAGGUCGGCUGUGGGAACUUGUCAGGGAAAAGCACUCACACCUGUCUAAUCUACAGAAUCUCAGAUGUCUAGUUAUUGAUGAAGCAGACCGAAUGGUAGAAAAGGGUCAUUAUGCUGAGUUGUCUCAGCUCUUGGAGAUGUUGACUGAUGUUCAUUUUAAUCCUAAAAGACAGACGUUUGUGUUUUCUGCCACACUUACUAUGAUCCACCAAGCUCCAUCUAGGCUCUUGCAGAAGAAAAGGUUUAAGAAGAUGGACAAAAACAGCAAGCUUGAGUUCCUCAUGCAGACGAUUGGCAUGAAGGCAAAACCCAAAGUAAUUGAUUUAACUCGUAAAGAGGCUACUGUGGAGACUUUGACCGAAACCAAGAUCCAUUGCACCAGUGAUGACAAGGACUUUUACCUUUAUUACUUCCUGCUUCAGUAUUCUGGAAGAACAAUGGUCUUUGCAAAUAGCAUUGACUGCAUCAAGCGAUUGUGCUCACUUCUCACUAUUCUGGAUUGCAAACCUCUUGCUUUGCAUGCAAAUAUGCACCAGAAGCAAACUAAAAAUCUGGAGCGCUUUGCUGAAUGGGAGAGCUGUGUUCUUCUGACCACUGAUGUUGCCGCCAGGGGUCUGGACAUCCCAAAUGUGCAACAUGUUCUACAUUAUCAGGUUCCAAGGACAUCUGAAACCUAUGUGCACAGGAGUGGCAGAACAGCACGUGCAUCCAGUGAUGGCCUCAGUUUGCUGCUGAUUGGACCAGAUGACGUCCUCAACUUUAAAAAGAUAUGCAGGACUUUGGAUAAGAAUGAGGAUCUCCCUGUUUUUCCAGUGCAAGCAAAAAUCAUGAACGGAAUAAAGGAGCGUGUUAACUUGGCACGACAAAUAGAAAAAAUUGAAUAUUUCAACAGCAAAGCCAAACAACAGAAUUCCUGGAUUCAGCAGGCAGCAGAAGCACUUGAAUUAGAUUUGGAUGAUGAGGAUUUGGUUGGGGGGAAGCAGAGUGAACAGGAAGAGAAGGAAAAACUGAAGAUGCUGAAGCUGAUAAAGAAACAGUUAAAUCUACUUUUAUCUCAACCGAUCUUUAAGAAUGUUAUGAAAACAAAAUAUCCCACACAGAGUGGGAAACUCUAUCUCCCAGCUCUCCAUCCAAAGUCCGAGAGUGCCCUCCAAACUAUCUCCAAACAGAAUGUAAAGAAGCAUGCCAAAAAGAGGAAAGCCAGUUCUCUUUUAUGACUGUAAAGAAUUCCAGAUAUGAACUAAUAAAGUUCUGAUUUCUUA